UGCAUACCUGAAAAAAAUACAAAUAAACGCCACUCAAAAAAGAAAAGAAAAUAAAGAUAAUUCAAAUAUAAAUAUAAGUCCUUAUGUGCAGUUCUCCUUCCGACAACAACAUAAACACACACUUACAGAAAAGAAAGAAAAAUAUGGAGUUAGUCUCGACGGCGGCUAGCUGGUUCACUCCAACGACUCUCUUCCUCCUCCUCAAUCUUAUGAUCGGCACCAUCGUCAUCACUUCUCGAAUUGGGUCAUCGGGUUCAAGGAAACAACACCCGCAUCACGACGGUUUCGGGUCGGGCCAUGCUCCGUUAGCCAGAGCUCCGUCGAUUAUGGACCGAGUCAAGUCCAUCAAUUUCCAUCUCUACAAAUUUCCCCAUCCAGAAACCGAUCUCUUCUCGACGACGACCCACCAUCACGACGUAAUCGGGUCGGAUCUUCACGUGUAUCCAGACCCGAAUCCGGCUCCGUUACAACGCGCUCCUUCUCUCUUGGACCGUGUCAAAUCCAUCAACAUGUCAUCGUACUUCAAGUUCCCUCACGACGUAACCGGUUCGGAUCCUCACUCCCACUCUCACCCGGAUCCGACUCCGCUGCAGCGUGCUCCUUCUCUCCUGGAUCGGGUCAGAUCCAUCAACAUGUCACACUUCAAAUUCCCGCAGUACACCCCCGAGGAAAACCACUCCGCCCCCACUCACGCGGAACCGACCCGAUUCGAUCAUACUCCGACCCGCAUGGGUCGGGUCGACCCGAUCGACAUAUCGAAAUUCAGGAUUCCGGAGGAGGACCAACCGGAACCCGAAACCCGGUUCGAUAAUCAAAUCAACCCGCCCGGUUUAGCUCGAGCUCCCUCCAUCUUAGAACGCGUCAAAUCCAUCAAGCUACCCUCUUUCUACAGAUCCGACCCGGAUACCCGACCCGACCCGGAUUCAUCCCUCCACGAAGACCACAAGCCCGUCAGGAGCAAAUCGGAGUCCAAGAAACCGGUCAAGAAGAAGAAGAAAGCGACGGGGAAGAUGACGAAAUCGGCCAGCGAGAAGUCCGGUUUCGGCUUCGUCGAGGAGAAGGAGGCGGCCGAGAGCGCGGAAUCCGUCGAGCGGAGAAGACCGGACACGGCGAGAGUCGAGAGGUCGACGUCGUUCGGCGACGGAGAAGACGGCGUGGACGCGAAAGCUUCGGACUUCAUCAACAAAUUCAAGCAGCAGCUGAAGCUGCAGAGACUCGAUUCGAUUCUGAGGAACAAGGAGAUGCUCAAGGCCAAGUGAUUGCAAGGUGGAGAGAUUGGUGUUUCGUUUAAACUCUCGUCGCCGCCGUCGUCUCCGCUGUUUUCGUGGAGGAGAAUGAUAGUGGAGUAACCGGUGAUAUUUGCGUUUACCGAUAGUGCCCCUGUAUGUUGAGGACAUUACUGUAAUUUACAUGAUUUAUUGUUUUUAGUUAUUAUAGCAGACAAAAAAACGUAGCUGCUUUAGUGAAGUGGGGCGUUGUUCUUGGAUCUGGGACGUUGUUUUGCGUCCAAGUUCUAUUGUUUCAACUCAACUACUCGUGUAGUAACGUUUCCUAGAUUCUGCCUUUUUCGUCUUUUUUGAUUUAUUUAUAUAUUUGUUUAUCUACUA